UAGUAGGGAGAAAGAGGAGCUGGGUGUUAGGCAUCUUCUGAGCAACUCCUGUCGCCGGUACCAUGAAACAGCGACAGAAGAGGAAACAUCUGGAAAGUGAAGAGUCCCCGGAAAGUGCCCAGCAGGGAGGAGGGGUCUCAAAGUCACAGGAGGAUGCCCCUCAGCUUGAAUCAACUGGGGUGGCCAAAAGUUGGGACACGGCGGUGGGGGACGUGUCAUCUGUCUCUGAAUACUUCUCCUGUGUCUCUUCUCCACGCAAGCUCAUCUGUGUUGGACUCCGCCGAGUACCUCAAGACAGUCCCCAGCCUAGAUCACCCCUAACCCAGGUUCAGGAACAAGGGGAGACUGCUGCCCCCUCACACCGAGUCUCUUCAUCCCCUUCGUCCUAUAAGACCUGUGUGUCCUCUCUGCACACAAACAAAGAGGAAAAGGGCAUGAAAAUAUACUACAUGCAGGUACAAAUGAAAAAGGGCGUGGCUGUCUCCUGGGAGACUGAGGAGACCUCGGAGUCACUAGAAAAGCAGCCAAGGAUAGAAGAAGUGACCCUUCCCGAGGAUGUGCAGCCACUGAGAUUCGAGAGCCAGAAGAUCCCAGAAGAUGGUGUGGCCUUCUCUUGGGAGAGGGAGAAGACAGGACCCUGGGGAGAAUAGCAGACAGGAUGCCG